AUGGACGACGCAGGCCGGUGCAGGGAUGGCGUGCAAGCUGCAAGCAACACUCCAGAAUCCCUUUGCCCGCAGCACCAAGCCAUCGACACUUUGUCUGCCCUUUUCGUCCCACUUUCAGAGCUAUUGUCUAAUGGAUUCUACUACGCAUAUGCGGCCCAAGGGCAUGACAUGUCUGGACUUGCAGAUUCCACCUUUCUCACCAUCCAAGAGCCGCGGAGAACGAACAUUUGGGAAUCACUCAAGGCACGUCCUAGCUACUCAGACCAGUAUACCUAG